AGCAGUCAUUCUCAUACAAUCAAUCCGUGUCAGAGAAGAAUACGAAGGAAUGGGAGUUUAUUCUCGAUUGAGAGCAUUUUGUUUCGAGAAUCUUUCCCAUACUGCAAACAAAAGUGUCUUCACGAUAAACUCACCAGGUUAUUAUGAGAAACUUCUCCAAGGAUCGGCAAAACUGGUUUUCUUACGGCAUGGCAUGAACUUCGAAACUACGAAGACCUCUCUCCAGUCGUCGCUCAGAACUAGAAAUGCGUCCUCCGCCCUAGAAAAUGUUGAUGCGUUCUACUUGGAAAAAGUAUUUCUCUCACAAUCUGCAACUCAGUAUCUGUUUCCGGAGAAAAAAAUCGUCAUAAACGGGGGGCCAUACGAGAUUUUGCCGUCGAAUAUUGAGCGCAUUCUUAGAGGUAAUGAAAUGUUUGCCACUACUGUAAUCGAACAGGACUUCCACUGUAAAACUUGUUCACUGAUGAUUUCUACAGUAACUCUCUACCAAUGUGAAGCCGGCACUUUUGUUAAAUUUGAUUUGUUUGGGGAUAUAAGUGACGAGAGAAUUAUUUCAGACCAUGUAAAUACACAUCUAGGGAGAUGUCUGGACAAGUGUGACGAAGUCAUCGUUAUGUAUGUUACAUACCAGAAACAACAGAAUACCGAUAUUCUUCUACAGGUACUGUCAAAACUGAACUGGAGAAAGGUUGAUGAGGUUGACAUGUAUGGCAUGGAAAAGCCGAUCUAAAAUCAUGUUUUAAUGUCGUGGAAAACACAUCUGAAAUCGUUAAUAAGCCACAAAGACUUGGACUGCAUUAUCCUAUAUUCUAAGCUAAUAGAAAAUAUAGCUACAUCAUUAUAUCAUUAUGAUCUUAAUCAGAGAAAUAGAUCUCAUAUAACGCUAAUUUUCUAUGAAGAAUUCUAGAUCUUAAUAAACUACUAAAGUAUAUGUAUAUAUAUAUUGGGAAAUAUUCCAUUGAUGCUCCAUGAUCAGAUAUCAGAUGAACAGUCAUGGUUUACAGGGAUAUGGACACAUUACAGACAACAAAAUGGUAAUAAGCUUAGAACAUAUAUAUAUAGAUUGUUCAAAAACGAUUUACAACCUGAAACUUAGGUAACCAGUUUAAUACCCAGAUAACACAGGGGCGUUUUAUUAUGUCGUAUGUUGAGCGACUGAACAUUCAAUAUCAAAAUCUGAAUGUCGUAUGUCGUAUGUUCAGCGGCUGAAUAUUCAAAAGUUAC